CGUCACUGAGGUGCGACGGGGUGGGCCGCCGAGCCGCCGCCUGCUGGUCUGAGCCCGGGGCCGGGGCGGCGUCGCUGCCUUCAGGAGCGCGAUGCCUUGAACUGGAAACUAUGUGAAGCAACACUUUCUGAAUUCUAAAAGACAUCAUUUCAUCAUGGGACAGCAAAUUUCGGAUCAGACGCAGUUGGUUAUUAACAAGUUACCAGAAAAAGUAGCAAAACAUGUCACAUUGGUUCGAGAAAGUAGCUCCUUAACUUAUGAAGAAUUUCUUGGGAGAGUAGCUGAACUAAAUGAUGUAACUGCUAAAGUGGCUUCUGGCCAGGAAAAACAUCUUCUUUUUGAGGUACAACCUGGAUCUGAUUCUUCUGCCUUUUGGAAAGUGGUUGUUCGUGUGGUCUGUACCAAGAUUAACAAAAGCACUGGCAUUGUGGAAGCAUCACGGAUCAUGAAUUUAUACCAGUUUAUUCAGCUUUAUAAAGACAUCACAAGUCAGGCAGCAGGAGUAUUGGCUCAGAGCUCCACCUCUGAAGAAGCUGAUGAAAACUCAUCCUCUGUAACAUCAUGUCAGGCUAGUCUUUGGAUGGGAAGGGUGAAGCAGCUGACCGACGAGGAGGAAUGCUGUAUCUGUAUGGAUGGGCGAGCUGACCUCAUCCUGCCUUGUGCUCACAGCUUUUGUCAGAAGUGUAUUGAUAAAUGGAGUGAUCGACACAGGAAUUGUCCUAUUUGUCGCCUGCAGAUGACUGGAGCAAAUGAAUCUUGGGUGGUGUCAGAUGCACCCACUGAAGAUGAUAUGGCUAACUAUAUUCUCAACAUGGCUGAUGAGGCAGGCCAGCCCCAUAGGCCAUGACGUUCUGUGGGGGGAGAUCUUCCUUUGCUAUUGUGGGCUACAAAUACAUUGUGGUCACUGAGGACAAAUGAAGGGAUAUCAUGGCACAGAUACAGAAAAAGCAAUUUUCCCACCUUCUUAUUUUUGCUAUUGUGACAAUAUGUCCAUUUUUUAAAAUAAACCUCCCAUGUCUUCCAUUUUGGUAAACUAAAAUUUGCUACUAUUAUAGAUCAUACUUCCCUAUUAUUUAUCUGUUCUAAUGUGUAUUAGAACUAAUUGCUCUUGAAUCCUUUGGUGGCAGAUAGCAGCAAUAUUUCCAUAGGCUUUUUGACACUACAGUUUUUCAAGACAUGAGUUCUGGAAUCUUUUUUGUUAGGUUUAUAUACUUUGAAUGUUGAAAAGUUGUAGCCAUCUGAGGGAAAUUUAAAAUGACUAAAAUGUAGAUUACAUCAAAGUGCAUGUUACUACUUAAAACGUCUUUCUGCUGGAAUCUAAGGAGUAUUUAUUAUGCCCCCUUGUGGUGAAUUAUUGCUCCUAUUGCUCCUUUUAUAAUUUUUACUUGAAAUGUUCCACAGUUAUUUCAUAACUUUAUAUAACUUCAAUGUGUUUUGGAACUAUGUAUUUUUUAAUUUUUACUUUAAAAAUCCUUUUUUUCUUUUUCUUUUUGCCAUGCGGUAUUGUUUGGUUGAGGACUAUAAAGUUGAGGCUUUAGGCCUUAUAAAUGAAUUUCUACUGGAGAACCUUCUUAGCUGUUCUGGAAAUGCAUUCCCAAAGCUGGAUAACUAAUUUAACUGACUUGAUAAUGCUCGUGCAUUUGGGGAGUUUCAGGAGGAAAUUUUUCUUCAUUACAAGUACUAAAGUUUGUAUUUCUAAAUUAUAGUAAGUCAUUCAAUAUUCAUUUAUGGUGCUUUUAUUUCAACUUGAAGGCAUCUCUGAGAUUUCACAGUCCUUGACUCUCUUGGAUUACAAGAGAAGGAAAAGAGGGCGAGACUUUUUCACCAUAUUAUAUAAAAUACCUCAGAAAACUAGGAGAUAAUUUGGCUUUCUUACUGCUUCACUAUACUUCCUUUGAAAGUCUCCCAAAGAAUAUAAUAAUGAAAUUAUGAUCUUCAUUAGCACCUCAACCAUUUCUUUAGAUUUUUUGCCUUAAGAAGUAAAAAUUUUAACAUUAUUUCAGCAUAUAGUAAGACAAGGGCUUAAAGUCUCCUUUAAAAAAUGUUUUAACAUUCCAUGCAAAUUUUUGACCUAUUGACAAGUAACAAAUAUUCCUAUUUUCCUAAGUACUAAGGUACACAAUUUAAGUUGCUGCCUAUUGAUGACAAAUUUUUGGAUAUUAAAUUUUUAAUAGGGCUGGGCACAGUGGUCUGCAACUGUAAUCUCAGCAAUUUUGAAGGCUGAGGUAGAAGGAUUGCAAGUUUGAGGCCAGCCUCGCCAAUGUAGUGAGACCAUGUCUCAAAAAUAAGAGGGUUUGGGGAGGUAGCUCAAUGGUAAAGCACCCCUGGGUUCAAUACCCAAUACUGAAAAAAAGAAAAUUAAUAGACAUGGCAAAUAAAAUCCAUUCCAAGGAAAAAUGUCUAGCUAAUAACUUGAUUCCUGAUAGGAGCAGCUAAUUACCAAAUACCUAAACACUCACUAUUGGGUGUUUAUGCGAGCAGAAUACUGGAAGCUCUAUUAUAUCAACGUGGAGAUGCACUUGAUGAUUGUGUAAUCUUCAGAAAGUCUUUUACUCUUGUUGGUAGUUUCCUACUUUAGAAACAGGUUUUUAUCUGUGGUUUUCAUACUACUACUUCAGCAGUGGAAUCCUGUUUUUCAAGUAAAACUCUUAGAAUCCUUAUGCAGGUGUGCAUGCACAUAUUCUACCCCACUAUAUGUCAUAUUUUCUUAAUUUUAUUAAUAUCAAUGUCCUUACAUAAGCUUUGUGCACUAUAAUUACUAAAUAUUAGGUCAACCAGUGAAAACACAAAAUACAUUGGUGAUACAUAUUAAAAUUUGGUAACAAAUUUGUAUCAUGAGAAUUCUUUUAACUUUUUUUUAAAUAAAAAAAAAAAUUAAUUCCAGUCAAAUUUGCAGGUUCCUGAAUCUUCUCCACUCAUUCUUCUUAUUCCAUGGAACAUUAUUUGAAAACCUUGGGAUAAGUGAUCCUCUGAGAUGUAUCCCAGAUCUAAAAAUCUUAAUUGUCAUUUUGGAUUAGUCUGAGUUUAAUUCAGAGUGUCUAAUUUUAAAAUAUUUCUGGAAAUGAGCAAUACUGCUUUCCAAGUUUUUUGAUCUUUCCAGGUAUAGCCAAUGAUUUUAUCCCCAGAAUCCUUCACCUUUAAAGGAAUUAUUAAACAGUGACUUGAUAUUGGCCACACCUUUUUAUCUUGCAAUAUGAACUCCAAGACACUAACUGUUCUACUGUGAAAAAUAAAAAUGUUUUUUAUUAGCCUUAUUAAAUGAACGUAGUUCUUUACUCACUUUAUUAAACUGAGUGAUAAUUCUUAAGAUGUGAACUUUAGGUUCUAUUGUAAUAUCUAAUCAUAAUCAUAAGAGUUGUAAAUUUGUCUAAUGGAUGAAAUGUAUGCUUUUUCUAUUCUGUACAGCUUUGUCUUUUUAAAUAUGAAGUACUUAAAUGCACUUACUAUGAUAGGAAAUAUGUGUGCCUUCUAGGAUUUGUGAAAUAGUCUCAUGUAUUCUGAGGAAUUUGUUUUGUAAGUUAUAGUUUUCCCUUCUAACUCAGUAACAAAGGGUUUACUCAUAAUGCUGUAGAACUUUAGUUUAAGAAUAUGAGUUUGACUAUGUACUGAAUUUAGAGGUUGAGAAUAGUAGUAUCUGUUUUAUUCUUAGGAGAAACUGAUUAAGUUGUGCAAUAAAUAAUCUUUAGCUAGUCAAUUUUAGCUAAAUUGAGAUUUUCUUAUCUAAUUUCAUAUUCUUAAAUACUAAAUAUUUAUAUUCCUUAGAGGACUAUUUGUGCUCUGAGGAUUUGUGAUGUUUAUGUGCUAUGUUCUGAUAAUAAUUUCAAAUUGGACUUGAUUUUCUUAUGUCCAAUAUAUGUCUCAAUAAUAAGGCUGCUUGGAAAUAUCUUUUGGUUCAGUAAUUUUUAACAUUGGGAAUGUAGGUUCAUUAAAAAGCAGUCUGAAAAAUUUGCAUUUUUAUCUGUUAUGUUUUUGUUUUAUUAUGUUUUGUUGACAUUUUGUUUAUUUGUUAUGUUUUGUUGAAGUUUACUUCAUCUAUCCAGGAAUAAGAAAACUAAUUGGAGAUUAGAGAAAUCAGCUGAUAACCCACACUGACAAUAUAUGACAAUAUAAUAUAUGACAAUAUAAUAUAAACAAUUGGCAGUAGAAUAUCAUUUGUUUUCACAUCUUUUUUGUCCUAUUGAACAGUAAAAAUAAUUGAUAAAAUGCUCCAUCCCGUG